UGGGUUCUUCUUCCUGAUUCAGGCGGGUCGAGAUUGAGAAUCACCCGUUCAUGGGAUGCUGCCAAUGGCGACUGCAAUCAGAAAGCCCAGCCUUUGACCGAAGUUGACUACGAAGAUUGUCAACAUUACGAUACAGUGGCAACACAGUUGCAGACGCUGAAAGGAAUUAUUAGUAGAAUCUGAGACAGAGCUGGAAGUGGGAGAUGGAGGGGAAUUCCGGCGGAGGUGGAGUGAGUAUUGGGGGAACGACGGCGGGCAGCGUGGCGGUGGGUGGAGUGACGGGUGGCGGCGGCGGAGGAGGAAACGACGUGGAGUUGAUGUGCAAAACAUUGCAGGUGGAGCACAAAUUGUUCUACUUCGAUCUGAAGGAGAAUCCCAGAGGCCGAUAUCUGAAGAUUUCAGAGAAGACAUCGGCUACAAGGUCAACGAUCAUUGUUCCCUUCUCAGGGAUUCCAUGGUUCUUAGAUCUCUUCAAUUACUAUAUCAAUUCUGAUGAUCCGGAGGUUUUUAGCAAGGAAUUGCAGCUCGACACCAAGGUGUUCUACUUUGACAUUGGUGAAAAUCGGAGGGGUCGAUUCUUGAAGGUAUCUGAAGCUUCUGUCAGUAGAAACCGCAGCACCAUUAUCGUUCCUGCUGGAAGCAAUCGGGACGAGGGAUGGACUGCGUUCAGAAACAUUUUAGCAGAGAUCAAUGAAGCGUCUAGGCUUUUCAUACUGCCCAAUCAGGAAAAUUCCGAACAUUCAGAACGUCUUGUCGGACUUUCGGAUGAUGUAGGUGCUGGCUUCAUAUCAGGUCAUAGUAGUCAACCUGGUCCAACCUCUGACUUGAAUGUAGACAGACAAGUAGACUUAUCAGCUCAAGAUGAAAUGGGCAAUCUGGGGGUAUCAAAAGUUAUCCGAGCUGAUCAGAAGCGAUUCUUUUUCGAUCUUGGAAGUAACAAUCGGGGUCAUUUUUUGAGGAUAUCUGAGGUUGCAGGGGCAGAUCGUUCUUCGAUCAUUCUCCCAUUGUCGGGGCUAAAGCAGUUCUAUGAAAUAGUUGGACAUUUCGUGGAGAUCACCAAAGAUAGGAUUGAAGGAAUGACGGGCGUGAAUGUUAGGACGGUGGAUCCGCCUCAUAGAUGAACACUAUAGGCCCGGGGGGUUUGUGGUGAAUAAUUUCGGUUAAUGUUUGUGUAGAUGAUGUUCGAGUAGGGUUGAAAUUGUGGUGGGUGUGGUUUGAUAUUGUGUUGUCGUCGUCGUCUUGAUUUUCUAGUUCUAAGUCUGAAUAAUCCAUGCUGCUUGAUUAGCAGAGGCUAUGGAAAAUGCUUGAGAAGCUUAAUUAUUCUUCUUCCAUGAAUAACACAAAAGAGGGGGGAAAGUAAGAAAGAAAGAGAUGCUUGUAAUUGUCACUUUAUAAUAAUGGUGAGUUCAGGUGUGUUUUGUUCA